CGGGAGACUGGGGGGGGGAACUCGGCAAAAUCCGGAAGCGCUCGGCAAAGUCCGGCCGCGGCUUUAAAGGAGCUGAGCGAUCCCCGGCUCGCCCUGCGCCGCCGUUCGGUGGGCUGUGAGCGCGAGCAGCCUACGGGUGCCGGCGCCGCUGCCUAGUCCGCCCGUCCGUGCAGCCGCGGCGGGGGCCGCGAUGUUGGCCGACAGCCUGGUGGAGGAGUUCGAGAUCCGCGAUGAUGAGCCCUGGUACGAUCAGCGGGACCUGCAGCAAGACCUGCAUCUUGCUGCUGAACUUGGGAAGACAUUAUUGGAUCGUAACACAGAACUGGAGGAAUCUUUGCAGCAAAUGUAUGCAACCAAUCAAGAGCAACUACAAGAGAUAGAGUACCUUACAAAGCAAGUGGAGCUCUUACGUCAGAUGAAUGAUCAGCAUGCAAAGGUUUAUGAACAGCUGGAUGUUACAGCAAGAGAACUGGAAGAUGCUAAUCAAAAACUAGUUGCGGAUAGUAGAGUGUCACAACAAAAGAUAUUAAGCUUGACAGAGACUAUUGAAAGUCUGCAAACCCAUAUAGAUGACCUUCAGAGACAAGUGGAGGAACUGAAAAAAUCUGGACGAGGCCAUAUGAACCAUGAGAGAUCUGAGCAGCCACGAUCAGUGCACAGCUUCUCAUGUUUGAAGGAGCUGUAUGACCUUCGCAAGUAUUUUGUUUACGAUCAUAUUUUUGCAGAAAAAAUUACUUCAAUGGAUAGUCAGCUGAGUCCCAUAGAAGAAGAAAACGAGAACUUAAAAAAGGCUUUGACUGUAUUACAAGCCCAACUUAAUCUGGAAAAGGAGAAAAGAGUGACGAUGGAAGAGGAAUAUCAACUUAUGGUAAAGGAGAACUGUGACCUUGAACAGAGGCUGGUUGAUAAAGAAUUAUACCGGGCUCGGGCAGAAGAGCUUGAAUUAGAAGUGGCUGAAAUGAGGCAGAUGUUUCAGUCUGAAAACACAUUUGUCAACAGCAUGGAGAAUCUAGUUCCAGAAUCAUUUUUUAUUUCAUUUAAAGAGUCUUUAGAAAGGGAAAUUAGUCAAAGCCCUUCAGAGGAUGCAUCCUUGACUGUCCCCCAGCUUGAUAAAAAGGCCCUAAAAAGAAGUAGCAGUGAGACCUUCCUAAGCAGUGCUGCAGGAGGAGACCUUCUAAAGGGCCAUGAAGAAACCUGUAUUAGAAGAGCUGAAGCUGUGAAGCAGCGAGGCAUCUCCUUGCUUAAUGAAGUGGACGCUCAGUAUAAUGCUCUGAAGGUUAAGUAUGAGGAACUUCUGAAGAAGUGUCACAUGGACGAAGAUUCUUUGAAACAUAAGGCUGUACAAACAUCAAAACAGUAUUCCAAAGACUCUAGUGUGGGGAACAUCCAGUCUGACCGUUCAGCUACUGAUCACGAGUAUGGAAAUGUUGAACUAACUGGCUCACCCACAAAUACUAUACCUGAAUAUAAAGCUCUCUUUAAAGAAAUUUUUAGUUGUAUCAGAAAAACAAAGCAAGAAAUAGAUGAACAUAGAACAAAAUAUAAGCGUUUCUCUUCUCAGCCCUAAUGCUUGUUCGCAUUAACUAUGCUGAUGACCCGUUUUCCCACUGAAAAGUUCUGUAUUAGUCCAGAAGGGAAACAUUAAGGCUCCCUCUGGCAUUUGUAUGUAUCUUGCUGUCACAUGUGUAUUCCCUUCAACUUGAAUGUAUGUUCACUUUACUUGUAAAUAUGUAUGAUAUGGUCAACCCAUUAGUCAGUUGUAUUCUCUGUGCAUGCAAUGACUCUUACCACCCAGUAAAAGUUAUUGUUCAGUGGUAGUUGUUGGCAAAAUAGUAGAAAGUAGAAAAUUUGGCUUAAUUUUUGCAUACUACGUUUGUCCUCUCCACAGCAGCAAUUGACAAUCUAGCUCACUAUGCCCAGUGUGCUACAGAAGCUGUAGACCUAAGGAGAAAUGAUUGUAUUAUACUUUUUCCACUGUGGGAAAUUUGGAGUAAAUUUUUUUCCUUACUCACAAACCGAAAAGGUUUUGUUCAGUCUUAGCCUUGUGGCUAUUUUUGUGUACUAAAAUCCUGUGGGAAACCUCUGCUUCAGACUGAAAUUAGUAGUCAGUCUAAAUGGAUGUGCCCUGGCAAAGAUGAGCGGAAACUGGCACAGCAGCCUGUAUUAGGCUUAAUUUAAGCCAGCACCAAGUUUUCAUAUGCACUAAACUCUUUUCGCUUUGCAUAAAUGUCUUUAUAUUAAAAAUGGAUUAGGUGUAAAGGUAUGAAAAUUUGAGAUAGUUCAAUGUUUAGGGCACUCUGUUUUAAGGCAAGAUACUGUGAACUAUGUAUAUUGUCACUGAUCUACUGUUCCUUAGUGGUACUCCUAAAAGUGCAUUUUUGUCAUGUGAUAAGAUGGAAUGUUACAAUUCGUGGUAGCUUUGCCGUGGAGGAAUGGCUUCCUUUAGUCUAUAAAGCCCCCUACUUCAAGUGUUUUAAAGGAGACCGGACAAGUAAAUUUAUCAGAUGGUGGUGUUCAUCACUUUACACCCUUUGAGUUCAAGUUUGUGUAGACCUAUUUAGUAUCAGCAGU